GGAUCAACUACUGGCUCUCCAUCCAGGGGACGAAGUUGCGGUUAUCCCGCCUAUUAGUGGAGGUUAGCCGGGGGAAGACACCCCCCCAGUUCUUAUUUCUAGAGGUAUCAUGAAUGAAAGUGAGGAUGAGCCACACGACUUGAUUAAACUAAAGCAUGAAAAGCUCUCGGUGGAUGAAAUUUCAGCACUCGUGACUUCCCCCUGCUGUGGGGCUGUGUCUUUGUUUAUAGGCACUACCAGGAAUAACUUUGAGGGGAAAGAGGUGCUACAGUUAGAAUAUGAGGCAUAUGAAUCCAUGGCAGAAGCAGAAAUAAAGAAAAUAUGCACAGAUAUUAGAAUGAAAUGGCCUUCAGUGAAACAUAUAGCAAUACAUCAUAGACUUGGGUUGGUUCCUAUUAGUGAAGCGAGUGUGAUCAUAGCUGUCUCUUCCCCUCAUAGAAAAGAAUCUCUUGAGGCUGUGCAGUAUGGUAUCAAUACUUUGAAAGCAACUGUGCCUAUAUGGAAAAAGGAGGUCUAUAAAGACGAGUCUUGCUGGAAAGAAAACAAAGAAUGCUUUUGGGUCAAGAAAGAAAAAUAGAGUAUUUCUGACAGGUUCCCGGAAUUCCUACCUAUGUUGAAAUAAUAUGGAGGACAAUCAAUUGCAGCCACAAUCAGAGUUAAUCUUAGAGUGUCACUGUCUAAGAUCUGAGUUUCUCCAGAUGGACAGUGCAUGAAUGUCUUUUUCUGGUAAAAUAUACCAGAUGGGCAGGAUAUAAAACAAACAAACAAACAAACAAACAAACAAACAAUGUUUUUCUUAUGACCCUCAAACUUGAAUGAAAGAAGAAUCUUACUUCUUGGAGCAUAAUUCUGCAUGUUUUAACAGCCUUUCCCCCUGCUGGGUUCCAGGCACAAAUAUAUGAAUAGAAAGAAGACCAUAUGCAUGCAGUGCGUCCACAGUGUUUUAAAGUGCACUGGUUCCAUGACUGACUGAAAUUUGAACUUGAAGUAGAGUGGUAUGCGGCCAUCUUGUGCCCUGUAGUUGAGUUGGCAUACAAUUUCCUUUCACCUACAACUCCAUUCAUGAGUUUCUUUCAACCUAUUGAGAUAACAUUUUUCAUGUAUAUGCAUUCUUCCAUGAUGCUUAGAAAAAUUAAAGGCACACAGUUAAAAGAACAGUUCCUAACGAGCUCAGUGGUUUAAGGCGUUGGCUACAGAGCCAGAGGUUGGGAGUUCAGUGGGCUACUGAGAUGAAAUUGGUUGCACUGCAGGAUGACCUUUUCAGGGAGGCUGACGGGCAGAUGCACCUUGUUGGUAUUCUUGGAUCUCUCAGCGGAUUUUGAUACCAUUGACCAUGGUAUCCUCCUGGACAGGGUCUCUGAGAUUGUGAUUGGGGGCUUAGCAUGGAGCCGGCUCCAAUCCUCCUUGAGGACUGUGUCCAGAGAGUUCAGCUAGGGGAGGAGGUGUUGGCACUUUGGACCCUUUGGUGUGGGGUUCCUCAGUAUCCCCAAUGCUGUUUGACACCUAUGUUAAGCCGUUGGGGGAGGCCAUCAGCAGUUUUGGAGUAAGGUGUCAUCAGUAUGCAUGCAACUCUGCCUCUCUAUUACCACCUCUGCAGUGGAUACUGUCCGGACGCUGGAGAGUUGCCUGAUUGCCGUACUGGAAUGGACCAGAGCUAACAGGCUCAAACUGAUUUGUCCAGGGGGGAGAACACUGAUAGCUAUGGGGGGAUGGUCUCUAGGCUGGAUGGUAUUCCCCUCCAGUUCAGGGGCCAAGUGCGUAAUUUGGGCGUUCUUCUGGACCCAGCUCUUUCUUGGGAGUCCCAGAUUGCAGCCGUGUUCAGAUCAGCCUUUAACCAGCUUAGACUAAUCACCUAACUUCACCCCUAACUAGACAAGGACUCCCUCAGGACUUUGGUGCAGACCCUGGUCAUCUCCUGGAUUGACUACUGCAAUGCCCUCUAUGCGGGGUUCCCCUUGAACCUGAUCUGGAAACUUGAGCGGGUCCAGAAUGUGGCAGCCAGACUGGUGGUUGGUGUAAGUAAACUUGACUGCAUCAAAUUUCUGGCUUGUCUCCACUGGUUGCCCAUGGCGUCCCAUAUCAGGUUCAAGGUUUUGACACUCACAUACAAAGUAUUCCACGGUUC